CAGCGGGAGCGCAGUCCGAGGGGUAGCGCAGGGGAGAUACCGGUCUCAGAGAAAGUGGACUCGGCAUUUGCUCCCCCUUUCCCGCCCCCUAUCCCUGCCAUGGGCUUUGCCCUGGAGCGUUUCAUCGAAGCGGUGGACCCGGAUUUCCAGUGCAGGCUGUGCGGCCAGGUGCUGGAGGAGCCCCUGUGCACGCCAUGCGGGCACGUCUUCUGCGCCCGCUGCCUGCGGCCCUGGGCUGCGCGGUGGCGCCGGUGCCCGCUGCAGUGCCAGCCCCUGGCUCCGGGUGAACUGUACCGAGUGCUGCCUCUGCGCAGCCUCGUCCAGAAGCUGCGCAUCCAGUGCGACUACCGCGCCCGGGGCUGCGGCCGCUCGGUCAGGCUCCGCGAGCUGGCUGCGCACGUCGAGCGCUGCGACUUCGGCCCUGGCCGCCACCGCCGCCGCCGCCGCCGGGGCUUCGUCUCGGAACCCCGCUGCCUGGGUGGCGGGAACGUACCCGCGAGGGGGAGCUGCGGCUCGGCGCCCGGGGUCCGCCGGGGCGGGGGCGGGGGCGCCCGCAGGGGGCCGCCCGGCGUCCGCGGCGGGAGCGGGCGGGGGCCCGGGUCUCGGGUCCUGGCCUGGAGGCGGCGCGAGAAGGCGCUGCUAGUGCAGCUCUGGGCGUUGCAGGGCGAGGUGCAGCUCACGGCCCGCAGGUACCAGGAGAAAUUCACCCAGUACAUGGCUCACGUCCGCAACUUCGCCAGAGACUUGGGCGGCGGCCACGGCCGGGAUGGAGAACAUAAGCCAUUCACUAUUGUGUUAGAAAGAGAAAAUGACACUUUGGGAUUCAAUAUUAUAGGCGGUCGACCAAAUCAGAAUAAUCAAGAAGAAACAUCAAUGGAAGGAAUUUAUGUUUCAAAAAUUUCGCAAAAUGGACCUGCUGAUAGAGCAGAUGGCCUGGAGAUUCAUGACAAAAUCAUUGAGGUCAAUGGGAAGGAUCUCUCGAAGGCCACCCAUGAAGAGGCAGUGGAAGCUUUUCGAAAUGCCAAGGAGCCCAUCGUGGUCCAGGUGCUGAGGCGAACACCGCUCAACAAACCAGCCUAUGGAACGGCCCCAGAAGUGCAGCUUAUGAAUGCCAGCACUCAGACGGAUAUCACCUUCGAACACAUCAUGGCCCUGGCCAAACUCAGGCCACCCACCCCUCCAGUGCCUGACAUCUGUCCCUUUCUGCUCUCAGACAGCUGCCAUUCUCUUCAUCCGAUGGAACAUGAAUUUUAUGAGGACAAUGAGUAUCUUUCCAGCUUGCCUGCUGAUGCGGACAGAACAGAGGACUUUGAAUAUGAGGAGGUGGAGCUGUGUCGAGUUAGCAGUCAGGAGAAGCUGGGCCUGACAGUCUGUUACCGAACGGAUGAUGAAGAAGACUCCGGCAUUUAUGUCAGCGAGGUAGAUCCAAACAGCAUUGCUGCCAAAGACGGCCGGAUUCGAGAAGGGGAUCGUAUUUUGCAAAUAAAUGGGGAAGACGUCCAGGAUCGAGAGGCAGCAGUGGCACUGCUGUCGAGCGAUGAGUGUAGGAGAAUCGUGCUGCUGGUUGCAAGGCCGGAGAGUCAGCUGGAUGAAGGCUGGCUGGAAGAUGAAAGGAAUGAAUUCUUAGAGGAGUUAAACUUAGGGAUGUUGGAAGAACAGCAUAAUGAAGCAAUGCAGCGUGCGGCCAAUGAGGUGGAGCAGCCAAAAAAACAAGAAGAAGAAGAAGGUACAACAGACACAGCAACAUCCUCAUCUAACAACCACGAGAAGGACAGUGGAGUGGGGCGCACAGACGAAAGCUUGAGGAACGACGAGAGCUCGGAGCAGGAGAACACAGCUGAGGCUCCCAAGGGCACAUCUCUGAAGAGCAAGAGGGAGCUGGGGCAGAGCCAAGACACUCUCGGAAGCGUUGAACUUCAGUACAAUGAGAGCUUCGUGUCCGGUGAAUACAUUGAUUCAGACUGUACUGGCAACCAAGAUGAGGAGUGCGAAAGAUUUCGGCAACUCUUGGAGCUCAAAUGCAAGAUUCGGAAGCAUGAAGAGUAUGACCUGUAUUACUCAAGCCGCACAGUAGGCUGCAAUCAUGGGGGACAGGAGGGCGUGGAGCACGAACUGCAGUUGCUGAAUGAAGAACUCAGAAACAUUGAACUGGAGUGCCAGAAUAUCAUGCAGGCUCACAGGCUCCAGAAGGUGACAGACCAGUAUGGAGACAUCUGGGCCCUGCAUGACGGAGGAUUCCGAAACUAUAACACCAGCAUAGAUACGCAAAGAGGCAAACUAGAUGACAUCCUUGAACACCCAGAAAAGUCAGACAAAGACAGUUCCAGCGCGUACAACACUGCCGAAAGCUGCAGGAGCACGCCACUCACUGUGGACCGUUCCCCUGACAGUUCCCUUCCAAGAAUGAUCAACCUCACCAAUAAGAAAAACCUGAGAAGCACAAUGGCUGCCCAUCAGUCCUCUUCCGGACUGAGCAGUAAAGAGUCGACUUCCACCAAAGCCAAAACCACGGAGCAAGGCUGCAGCAUUGAAGGCAAGGAGAAGCCUUCAGAAGGCAGCAAGCUCUCCGAUCAAGAUCCGACUGGCGGUGAACACGUCCCUUACCUCUCUCCCUACCACAGCUCCUCCUACAGAUACGCAAACAUCCCAGCACACGCCCGGCAUUAUCAAAGCUACAUGCAGUUAAUUCAGCAGAAGUCCGCCGUCGAGUACGCGCAGAGUCAGCUCAGCCUAGUGAGUAUGUGCAAGGAGUCUCAGAAGUGCUCCGAGCCCAAGAUGGAAUGGAAGGUCAAAGUCCGGAGCGAUGGGACGCGGUACAUCACCAAGAGACCCGUGCGGGACCGCAUUCUGAAGGAGCGUGCCUUAAAGAUCAAGGAGGAGCGGAGUGGCAUGACGACGGAUGAUGACACCAUGAGCGAGAUGAAAAUGGGGCGCUACUGGAGCCGCGAGGAGAGGAAGCAACACCUGGUGCGGGCCAAAGAGCAGCGGCGCCGCCGAGAGUUCAUGAUGCGGAGCCGCUUGGAGUGUCUCAAGGAGAGUCCCCAGAGCGGCAGCGAGGGCAAGAAAGAGGUCAGCAUCAUUGAACUGAGUCACAAAAAGAUGAUGAAGAAGAGAAACAAGAAAAUUUUGGACAACUGGAUGACAAUCCAAGAACUGAUGACCCACGGGGCCAAGUCCCCUGAUGGCACACGGGUUCCUAAUGCCUUUUUGUCAGUCACCACUGUAUGACCGAAUGGGUGGAAGGCAGCGGAUUUUCAGAGGGUGCUACCAGUUUGGGUAGAGGAUGCUUGCCUCGUUCAAUGUGGCGUUUUUAUAUAUAUUUUGUGACUCUUUAUAGUUUAAAUUUUUUGUAAGCAAAAAUACCUGGUAAUUUUUCAUUUGUUUUUCAUAUACUGGUACCUUCUUUUUGGCUGAGAUUUUUUUCUUUAACUUGUGAUAUAUUCAUAUUACUCAUUUAUAUAUAAAAACAAAAGGAGAGAAAACAAAACAAAAAAAAAACUUGAACAGAAAUACUGAGGAGCCAAUUAAUUUCCUAUUUUAAUGUAUCUAUUGUAAGUGAAGAUCUGGAUUUAUUUCUCUAGUUUACUUAUUUUCUACUUUAAUAGCAACUCAAUGCCAAAACGUUUCUAGGCUUGCUUCUGGGCAUAAUAUGUAUUCAAUCAAACCUGUUGAAAAAUCACAUGCCACAUCUUGUCUUACAUAAAACCCCUUUUUCACAUCUUGUUGUACAUUUAACACAUAAAUAGCCGUUGUCUUUGUCUCAGUAAAGUGUAGGUGGACAAUCUUCCUGUGAUAUGUAGUGACAUUGGUCAUGUAGCUAGAUUCUUGUGGUAAUUGUGACAAUAAAAGAGAAAUAAAUUAUUGAUUACACCUAAGAAAAGCUAUCAAGGAGUGUUUUAUUUACAUUGUUCACUGUGGUUACCAGAUAUAAAUUAGUUAUAUAUGUCUACUAUUUAGAAGACUCCCAAUUGUGGAUUAUAAAAUGUGUACAUUUUCUAUUACUUUUUCAAUAAAUUUCCUUGAAAUACCUCCCAUAGAUCAGUAAGUCACAUAGUCUUACCGGGAUUAAGUUAGGUCACGUAUGUAGAGCAUCUGACAGAAGCUGACUUAGCAUUCAGUGUUCGUGAGUUCAUGCUCUCCUUGACCACCAUCUGCAUAAGAAAAAGCCAAGAACAGCUUAGGGAGUGACAGGGAGAGAGAGGAUCAGUCCAGUCGAAUGUCCAAGAUUGUUCAUAAGGUCACCUCAAACUGCCAUAACAAGAUGCCAUAGAUGGUGUGGCUUAAACACUAAUUUCUCACAGCUCUCCAGGCUGGAAGUGCAAAAUCAAGGUACCAGCUGAUUCAGCCCACUGAUAAGUGUUCUCUUCUGGUUUUGCAAGUGGCCUCUUUCUUGCCGCAUCCUCACAUGGGGGAGAGAGAGACUGGAAACUCUCUGGUGUCACAUCUUUUAAGGACACUAAUCCUGUUAUGAGGAUCUCACCUUCAUGGCAUCCUCUAAACCUAAUUACCACCCAAAGGCGCCAUUUCCAACCACCAUCACAUUAGGAGUUGGAGCUUCAAACAUAGAAAUUUAUGGGGGAGGGGAGACACUGUUCAGCCCACAGCACUUUGUGCAUUUAUUUAGUUCAUACUUUGAAAAUAAAUUUGGGGAAAUUAUCUUUUUCAUAUUUUGCAGCAUAGCCAAUUGUAAAUGCCUUAUUAAAAAGUGAAUUGUUAGGAUAUCACAAUGCGGUUUUUUUUAAAUCUAACUUUUCAUCAUAUAAACAUCAACUAUAUCAUAUAUUAAUCAUGAUGCCUCCAGAGUGAAGGCCAGAUCAGUGCAUGUGUAAUUCAGAUUAAAAUUUUCAUUUAACCUAAGAGAUUGUUUUAACAUAACGGAGACACAAGAUCCAAACAUUUUUGAAGCUACUUUCCUAUUUAAAAACCUAUGGUGGCUCCUUCCUCUUGAAUCCAACUCUGAUGCUCUGCCUUAUAUACAAGGUCCUCCCUUAACUUGCCCCCCUUGCCUACUGCCCCUCCUUUUUAGAUUUUUUCUCAGUUAUUCUGGCUCCUGAGCAGCUCUGCCUGCUUUCCCUGAAGUUAUCUAAUACUCUUCUCUUGUCUGGGGUUUCUGGGCCAAAUUCUACACCUCUUAGAAGGUAACCAGAUAGACAUUUUCGCUUUGGAGCCUGUUUUGAGACACUGGUUUUUCCUCAGCAUUGUGGGCAUAUACUAGGAUGCACUUGCAGUUUGUUUUACCUUGGAAUUUGUAUUCUUCUGUUAUUUGGAAUCACAUAUGCACAACUAUAUUGUCUCCUUGCACAGAUUUUACGUUUAUGGAGUUUGGCCCUUGUGUCACUCUGUCUUUGUAAACCUCCGGUAGAAUGCCAUUUAGGCAAUAAUGAAAGUUGAGUUAAAUUAUUUAUUCUUUUAUCGCACCUAUUGAUCCUUUACUAUUUUCCUUACUCGUCUACCAUUCUAAGUUCUUACCUUUUAAAGGGCUUUUACAUAAAGGGAAAGAUCUGAAGCUUAUUUACAUAUAAUAAAAAGCUGGACGCAAAAAUUUUAGGAAUAGUGAUAGUAAAAGCAACUUAAGGCAACAGAAAAUUUCAUUACUUCUAACUUUAGCCAUUGUUAAACCAACUGAUAAAACUACUCAGAGUGCACCCACAGUUAGCUUUUGAUUUAAUGGUUUUAAAUAAGAAUGCCUGUCUAAAGAGCUCAGUUCUUUCCUGACCUAAUGCCUGUAGUUACUGUUUAUCUUCUUGAUACAACCGGGUUUAAAUAUUCAUUGAAUUCAAAUUACUCCCAUAGAUAAAUGUGGUUUGAAACUGACAUGUAGAUUUUUUCCAGAAGAAACAUGUACACAUCUCACAGAAUGCAGUGUUUCCAAAGUUACCAGUUUAAUCAUAUUUUUAUUAAGGCCAAAUGUGCUUGCCAAUUUUUUAGAAAUGUGAUGUUGGUGUUUUUCAUGUCUGUGUUUAUACAAAUCUAUGAGUUGAGAAAUGUCUUUUUCAAAAAUCAGUGAAAAUCUGAAAAGUGUUAUGUUUUAUCUUUAUACAUAUCUUUGUG